AUCUGACAGUCGGGUAGCCGUGUAAACAGUUUAAACUCUAAACUGACAGAAAAGGCGUUCGUUUGCGCUUUUGCGAUUGUAUUGCAUGUGAAACCGAAUCGUUGUUUUCAGUCAUCCGGUAAUGUGCAGAAGCCGACAAAGGAAGCAUCAAGAGGAAUGAUGCAUUAGCUACCGAAUGUCGCAGUGUUGUGGAUAUUCUCGGAUUGUGGAUAUUUUGUGAAACAAGAAUUGGGGUGUGCUUGACGGCCACGUUGGCUUCUCCUGGAUCCUGAUUUUUAUUUUUAUUUACUAGUUAAUCAUCAUGCAACAAAGUAGUGAACUAGAAGCCUUGCGGCAAGAAACAGAACAGUUGAAAAACCAAAUUAGGGAGGCCAGGAAAGCCGCCGUAGAUACGUCACUAAGCCAAGCAACUGUAAAUGUAGAUACUGUAGGAAGAAUACAGAUGCGCACGCGUCGAACAUUGCGUGGCCAUCUUGCAAAAAUAUAUGCCAUGCAUUGGGCUUCAGAUUCAAGUUUAAGGAAUCUAGUGUCUGCCUCUCAAGAUGGUAAACUCAUUGUGUGGGAUGCAUUUACUACAAACAAGGUGCAUGCUAUACCUCUGCGAUCCAGCUGGGUGAUGACUUGUGCCUAUGCUCCCUCUGGCAGCUACGUAGCAUGUGGUGGUCUCGACAACAUCUGCUCCAUAUACAGUCUGAAAACACGCGAAGGCAACGUCAGAGUGAGCCGGGAACUGCCUGGACACACAGGCUAUCUUUCCUGUUGUAGGUUUAUCGAUGACAACCAAAUAGUUACCAGUUCUGGAGACAUGACUUGUGCAUUAUGGGACAUAGAAACAGGUCAGCAAACUACAUCAUUUACUGGCCAUACAGGCGACGUAAUGAGUCUAUCUCUAGCCCCUGACAUGAAGACAUUUGUAUCAGGGGCAUGUGAUGCAUCAGCAAAGCUCUGGGAUAUUCGAGAUGGAAUGUGUAAACAAACUUUCUCAGGCCACGAGUCAGAUAUUAAUGCAAUUACGUAUUUUCCUAAUGGCUUUGCGUUUGCGACUGGCUCGGACGAUGCCACAUGUCGUCUGUUUGAUAUUCGAGCUGACCAGGAGAUCGGGAUGUAUUCUCACGACAACAUUAUUUGUGGUAUCACAUCGGUGGCCUUUUCUAAGAGUGGACGUCUCCUCCUUGGAGGCUAUGAUGAUUUCAAUUGUAACGUCUGGGAUGUACUUAAGCAAGAACGAGCAGGUGUUUUAGCUGGGCAUGACAACCGUGUUAGCUGUUUGGGUGUAACUGAGGAUGGUAUGGCAGUGGCCACAGGAUCCUGGGAUAGCUUCUUGAAGAUUUGGAAUUGAUGAAACCGUCUGUACUGUGUCUUGUCGCUUCUUUCUGUCAUGGCGUCUUGUUUCACGACGAGGAAGCUUGUGUUUUGCAAGGUUUCUCAUCACUUGACUAAAACAAGUGGGUUUUGGCAUGAACAGUUUUCCCCGUUUGUUAGACGAGUCUUUAAAUGUGUGUCAGUCUCUCAUCAGUGUUUGGAGGAACUAGCCAGCAGAGCGAUCAAGCCUUCGUGUGUCGUUUCCGACACACUUUGAACAAAUCUGCAAGCUUGCUCAUCGAUUGAAAUAUAUAGCAAGCUUUCUCGUUGAUUGGAUUUGUAGCAAGCUUGCCUGUCGAUUGGAUUAAAGAAGCAAAAACAACAAAGUGCAGACAAAGGAAUCUACGGAUCGGAAGGCUUGUAAAAAGGCAUCCAAGAAACGAAACAUUUUGCAAUAAUAUUUUUUGUUCAUUGAAGCACAAUUGUAUUUCAGAUGUUGCCAUACGUUAAAUGCAAUGUCUGCACUGCGAUGUGUUUCCAAUGAAUUUAGAAUGAAUCUUGAUUUCUCACCAGUCGUCUGCUACGGGGCAAUGCCAAACAAAACUUGUAGGUAAUAUAUUUAUGUAGUGAAAUAAGAAGUUUUGAAUUUCACUGCAAAUUGUAGAGUUUUAUUGUGUUUAAUGAACUUGCGAUGAUUAACUGUCUUGGAUGCUUGCAAGAUGUUCAGGUGAGAUAUUUGUGUAUAAAAAUCAAUAAAUAUUCCUAUAUCUUUUUGAUAUUUAAUUCGUGGAUGAAUUUUGAUGUAAAUGCUAUAAAAUCGUCAUAGUGACCAGAAAUGCAUCUCGCUCAAGGGUCUUUUAGUUGUGCUCUCUUUAUAACGUAAUUCAUGUGUCGUUCUCUCCAAAAAAUGCACACAGAUCUGUUGGUCCCGACCUCUCAUAUAUGCAAUUUACCCUCAUUAACAUUGUCGAUUGAUGCAAAUGUGCAUAAAAUUUAUGAAAAUUAGAAUUUCACCAACAGUUGUAAUUACAUGAGAAUUAACAGCGUUCAACAAAAAAAUGUAAAAUCCAAAAUCGAAGAAAGGAGAAAUGGUCGGGACUAAAGUUGGAAAUUUCAUUCUCCUCCAACAAGUGCACUUGCCAGGUAGUCGGUUCACUAUUUUCAUCCUUGGAAAACACUUUUGUGGAUGAGAGGGUCUGUUGUUGAGACCUUGAGGAUGAAAAAACUGAACUGAAGUUAAAACAACAUAAUGCCUAGACAGCUGAUUAGCUGUACCCACAUUAUAAAGUUAACCUGUGCAGGUUUUAAUUUCAAGUGCAAUGAAUACUUGAAACGAUUUGUUUGUAAAGUGCACCAGUUCCUCGUAAAUUUUCACAUUUUGUCUCACGUUUAUCUUGCACCUAAUUUAAGGUUAUAUUCCAUCCUAAUCUGGACCAAGCAUAGGUUUCAGAUGUCUCGUGGUGGGUUUUUAUCAAAACAUAAAAACAUUAGUGAUUCUGUGGAACAAUUUUCACACAAAGAGUUUCAUUUACUGAGAUUAUUUUCAACACUAUUAGAUUAUUUGUCUUGUUUAGUGUUCUGCAUUAACGUACUUGCCAACUGGUUCGGUUUACGUGAAACUUUAAAAUCUUGUGGGAUUAUGAAUUAAGAGUUGGAAAAAAUGGGAUUUUCAUCAUUAUUGUAUACCAAUAAUAUUGUUCUAUUGAAAAUAUAGCAGCCUAAUUUUGUUUGUGUAUUUAAGUUUUUAUUUUCUUUUUCCUGUAGAAAGUAGAAUCAACUGUUGUUCAUUCUAUCAUUAAAAAUUUAAUCUUUUGUUUUUUCAAAUGUUGAAUGAACAAAUCAUAUUCCUAUAGUAGGCACUGAUAUAAUAAGAAUAUUUGUAAGAAAACUGCAUAAUUUGAUCGUCAUUCUCAUUGUUUUAACAGGAAAUAAACGUAAUAUAUAUGUACAUCAUUUUCUUCAGACUGACUAAAACUGCUAGUAGUAAACAUAGACUAAAUGAUCCUUACGGUUUAGUUUUUAGAAUGUUUAGGUAUAAAUAUGUGUAAAAGAUUUACGUGGAAGCUGUUUGGCUGGUGUUUGUGUGUUAGUGUUCCUUCCAGGGUACAAAAGCACCACGGUAAGCAGGCAAAAGUUUGUUGGGUUUUUUUUGGCUUGUAUUGCAUAGAAUAUUUUGUUAAAAAAUGAUGAUCAACAACGGCCAUAAUCAAUUUGAAAAUUGAUUAGCAAAUCCCAUCAUAACAUUUUAGAAUUGUGUAGCAAUCUCUGGUCUGUCCAUGUAAAACAUAUAUUUAGUUUUGAAAGUGGUCUUUUACCUAUGGUUGGACACACACAGUACUGUAAAUACUGCAUGCACCAGGUGUAUUUAACUCUGUAACAAACACUAUCAUUCAAAAUAUGAUUUUUAGAUUAAUAAGUUUUGUGAUAACGAGAUCAAAUAGCCGUAUUAGUUUUUUUCUUUUUUAUUAUUUUAGAAAAGUAAAACAUUAAAAUUUAAUAAUUUAUUUUUAUUUUAUUGCUAAUGAAUUGAAUCUAAAACAAUUUUUUGUGUUAGUAUAUUGUGUAAGUUGAUGAACUAUUUAAAAUGUGUUUAGUGUAUUUUUCUUUUGCAUUUAUGAUUUUUUUUUUUCUUUUCUAUCGUGUGACCUUAUCAAACAUAUGAAUUGCCAAUGUAUGUACGUUAAUUGACAAAUAUACAAUUGAGCUGUUAUUAUUGCAAAUGCCAUUAUCUCACUGCAUAGGCUUUGUAAGUAAUGAGCUUGUAAAGUAUGGUAGUCUUGGUUAUUUUUCUGUUCUUUUACAUAAUCAACGUAGUAUUUAUUCCUGAAUUUACAGUGCAUGAUUUAUCUCAACAUUAUUGUUGUUUAUUUUUAAAAACUUUUUUUUUUUAAAUUAUCUUUUCUUUUUUUUUUUUUUUUUUUUUUUUCUUUUUUCUUUUUUUUUUGCCUAUGCGGUGAGAUCGUUUCGUUUGAUAUCCUUGUUCAUACAUGCACCAAGACAAGUAAAACUGAACAAAUCUUUAAACGUUGACCAUUAAAAUAGGUGUUUAAAAAUCUUGUAUUUAUCUAAAGUAUUUUUUAUAGACAAAUCAUUUAUAUUAAAAAAAAAAUAAUAAUUAAGAUAUUGGUCAAAUUUGAAUUAGUUCAUAAUAACAAUUUGGUGCACAUUAUCAAAAUUUAUAAAGUUCUGUGUAAUUGUAAUCUCAUUUAAAUGCUUUGGUUAUGGGAAAAUGUUUAAAGCACAAAUAAAUAUAUAAAUCUGCCACUCGCAAAUGUGAUAAAUGAAGUUGAAGAUUGACUGUUGACCUAAUAACUCCAAAGAAUUAAAAAAGAAAAGGAAAAAAAAGACAUGUUCCAAGUGAAAUUGUUAAAAACUUGGGGUGGAGCAAAUUUCAAAUGUCAGCCCAAUUAGGUUUAAUGACUACAAGUUUCAGAAGAAAAAGUAACACCAACUAAUAAAAAAACAAAACAUGAUUUUCUAUGUCAAAAUGAAAUGUAAUAAACUUUGGGUGGAGCAAAUUGCAGAUGUCAUCCAACAAAAAGAUACAAAUUAGUUAUUUGACAAUUUACUAUUUAGGACUAUACAUGUUUGUCAGACUUAUCAAAUAUUUGCCUUCCAAUAGCUGAUGAUUAAUUGUUACAAAGCAUGUGUACAUGCAUCUUUAACUGGUAAUUUUACAUACUGUUCAGUUUUACUUGUCUUGGUUUUUUGGUGUUUUUUCACACUUGUAUUUCGUAUGCGAUUUAGUAAUGGUAUAAGAGUGAGUGACCAUCAGCAGAUGUCCGUAUGUCUGUGUGUAUGUAUGUAAGUAUGUAGUAACAGAACCGAAGCUAUUCAUGAGCUUCGCUUGUGUAACCAUUUCUGUGUAGUGAACAGUAGAAACCUGUUGUCUCAUUUUCACAAACGUUUAAAAUUUGACCCUGAUGUAAAUGAAACAGCAAAUUGUGUUUAAAAUCACACAAUUAUUUUUGUGCCCAUGGUCUAGCAGAGCUUUGACGUUAUUGGUUUUUCUAGUCUUAAGAGAAUUCUGUCAUUCAGAUGGAAUUUGGCAGUUUAUCAAAAUUAACAAAACAAUUGCUUGACAGUGUUUGGUUACAAGUUUCAGCUGUGCUCAUAAAUAAAUGAAACAACUUUUUUUUAAAACUAAAAUAGUCAUGUUGAACUGAAUGACUUAUUUUUACUGAAAAAACCCACAAAUAAGACCCAUUUAAUAAGUCACGACACUUUCUUUAUAUAUAAAUUUUUGCUACAGGGCCCCAAACUGGCCUUUGUGUUGUUGUUUUUUCAACAUGUCUACCAUGGACAAUUUACUAAUCAUCUGUUGAAUGAACAGCUAUAUUGUAACACCUUUAGUUCUGUUGCUUCGGUGUCUGGAAUGAAAAUAAUAAACGUUAUCAAAAGUGGAACAAAUCUUUAUCAAGUGAAGCAUGAACAACAGGAGUAGUAUUAAUUUGUGCAUUCAUUUUCGUAUGUGUAUGUGUAACUUCAUUUGUCAAAUAAAGCUAUUUGUCUUUAUGAUAUCAUGUUCGUCGGUCUUUUCUGUUGCUAAUAAAAUAUUUGUAAGAUGAAAA